UCUAGGAUCUGCGGUGUGUUUAAUGUAUCACAGUACAUAGCGCACUAUGCGUCCAAUAGGAAGGGGGGAUUGGGACUGAGCCUGAAUUUCACGCUAGAGAGAAAGAGAGAGAGAGAGAAGGAGAAAGAGAGAGAGAGAGAGAGAGAGUGAGUGACGCCUUCUUUAGCCCGAGACGCCUCGCAGUUUGAGUCACUCUGUUCAGACCUCAGGAGCUUUUCUUUAACUGUGGACUUUCCGCUGUCGAACUGAAACGUGAAAACGGUAAACGGAACCACACCAAGGUCAAGUGUCCGGAAGGAUGAUAAGAAAAUAGUUAAGAUUGCCGGGACCUUGUCGGGGAGACAAUCGAAAAGAUCCCAGUGUGUGUGUGUCUUGUGUCUGGGUGUUGUCGUGUUGUGCUGAAGGUGUGAGUGUGGGAGUGUGUAUUUGAGGUGCUCACCUCUUUGGGGUGAAAAGAGCGGCGAUGAGGAUGAGUAGCAACGUUACAUGGCUGUCCUGCCUGCAGCUGCUGUGUGCUAUGUCUACACUGACGGCUUAUCCUUUAACACCUCCUCUGGACCUGGAUGUUACUCCCAGAACUACGGUCCUUUUCAAUGAGCUGUGGGGGUGCAGCCGCUUCAAUGGCUCUGCUCAGAACUACAGUACCCUGCUGCUGGAGGAGGAGCCAGGUUUGCUGUAUGUAGGUGCUCGAGGAGCACUGUACGCCCUGCAGGCCUCUAACAUUUCCAGUUUCAGUGACACAAUUGACUGGGACGCACCUGAAACCCAGAAAAAGCUCUGUUUGAACAAAGGCAAAGAUAACAAGACUGAAUGUUUUAACCACAUCCGAUUCCUGCAGAGAUUCAACAGCACCCACUUGUAUACUUGUGGAACACACGCAUUUAGCCCAUUGUGUACAUAUAUUGAUAGUAGGGAGUUUAAAAUGUCUUCUGUGUUUGAGGAGGGUCGAGAAAGGUGUCCAUAUGACCCUGCUAAAGGCUACACUGGCCUGCUUAUUGAUGGCCAAAUGUACACAGCUUCUCAGUAUGAGUUUUGGAGUUCUCCCGACAUUCGUAGAAACUCUCCAAUCCCCACACUGAGAACAGAGGAAGCCCCAACUCGCUGGCUGUAUGAGGCUGAUUUUGUGGAGUCGGCACUGGUGAAGGAAAGUGCGAAUAGCUUUGUCGGAGACGAUGAUAAAAUCUAUUUCUUCUUCACGGAGAAGAGUCAGGAACACAGUCUGUACUCCAGCUACAGCAAGGUGGCCCGAGUGGCCCGCGUGUGCAAGAGUGACAGAGGAGGUCGCCUGACUCUGCAAAAGAAGUGGACAUCAUUCCUGAAGGCUCGACUGGUUUGUUCACUGCCUGACUAUGAGUUCCACUUCAAUGUUUUACGCAGUAUGUUUGUGCUGGAGGGCCCCAGGACUGAAGACACCAUGCUGUAUGGCAUCUUUGGCUUGGAAUGGAAAAACGUCAAAGCUUCGGCCAUCUGCCGCUACUCGAUCAAAGAUGUCCAGCAGGUUUUUGAAGGACCCUACAUGGAAAACCCGGAGGACUCUGGCACCAAAGUGACCGAGUACACAGGGAAGGUCCCUGAUCCGAGACCUGGCUCGUGUAUCACGGAUCGACUCCGAGAAAAAGGCAUGAACUUUUCCACUGACCUGCCAGACGAUGUGCUGCAUUUCGUACGCCGUCAUCCACUAAUGUCUCGACAGAUUCUGCCUCUAGGACAACGCCCCCUGCUGUUCCGGAGGACUGUAGACUACACUAAAAUAGUUGUGCACAAAGUUCCUGCUUUAGAUGGCCAGACAUACCACAUGCUUUUUAUUGGGACAGAUGAAGGUUGGCUUCAGAGGGCAGUAGAAGUUAAAGGUCAGCUCCACAUUAUUGAAGAGCUGCAGCUGUUUAACGAGCCACAGCCUGUAGAUAGUAUAGUCAUCUCUCAGAAACAGAUGAGUGUGUAUGUGGGCUCACCCUCCGGUGUUGUGCAGUUGCCGUUGUCCACAUGUCACAAAUAUGCAUCCUGCUUGGAUUGCGUGUUAGCACGGGACCCUUUCUGUGCUUGGGACGGGGCUGAAUGUGUGGAGAUCACCUCACACAUGGACAGAUCCAAUCUGACUCAAGACAUCCUUAAUGGGAAAGAAGGCUGUGUAAAAUCUGCAGCAGAUGACCUGGAGAGCCAUCGCGUUCGUUCAGUGAUGGCAGGGGAUGACGUGCUUCUACAGUGUGAGCUCAGUUCCAAUCUCGCAUCCCCACAGUGGACGAGGAACAAGCAGCAGCUGCAGGGCUACGGGCUGAACUCAGGCUAUCGCAUUGGUACUGAUGGCUUGCUGGUGAUUAAGUCAAGACCAGAGCAGAGCGGCAACUACAGCUGCUUCGCCCUGGAAAAUGGGGUCCGCAUCCAUGUAGUCGCCUACACUUUAAAUGUACACCUAUACCCACCAUCACCCCUGUCAACCCUCCAACCUCAGAAAUCCAACAACAGCAAUCCAGACCCAGGCCUGCACAAUCCCCCACAGUCCCAGUCCAUGAAGAACAUGGAGGCCAUGUAUAUCACUCUGAUCACCAUCCUUGGUGGACUUUGCCUGGUCCUGACUGUAGUGCUGCUCUAUAUAGGUUUUUGUGUCCAGAGCAAACGGGGGAAGUACUCUCUCAGGACAGCAGCCCAAGCAGACAAGACGAGGAAGAGGAAUGACCGCAUGGAGCUGAAGACUAUCUCCAGCCACUGUAACGGGAAAACAAACACACAUGAUGGACUGCUACAGAUUGUUCCUGGAGAAGCCCAGGUUUUCAAUAAAGAGCUUCCUCCAGCACCUCCACUACCUCCAGCAAACUAUGAGCUGGACUACACCAACGGGUUCUCGAGCACGCUGCCCAAUGUCUUGCGCAAAAUGAACGGCAAUAGUUACGUGUUACUCAGGCAGACCAAUGGAGACCCCUCAUCUCCGCUGUAUUACUCUUUUACAGAGGAGCUCAACGAGAUGCUGGAGAAAAGGAAGCACACACAGUUGUGUAGCAAACCCGACGAGAGCUCAGUAUAACACUUCAGAAACAAUACGGUACCUUCUUAAAGGUCAGAAAGAAUUGUGUUUCAGCUGCAGCCUAUGUGACAUACAAACUGAAUUGGAUAAUAGGCUGGCUGAAAAAAGAUUAUAAAAGAUUCUGUUUCAUAUUUCUCCUGUUGUUGGUUUUUCAGUCCUCUCUCUUAGUUUGAGAUUCACAGAACAUGAAAAACAAGAACAGAACAAAAGUAGAGACACACACACGUAACGCGUAAUCUACCUCAGAAGAUUGUUGCUAUAAUAAUAGCACUGUGCUCCACUGGGAGUGUGAGAUGGGAGGUGGUGAGGAACAGCAGCUAUUCAGCACAGAAGUCUGCAUGUGGGGUGAAAACAUUAAUGCUUCCGGAAAUAUAGAGGGAAAAGAUCCGGACAGGACCAAUGCGGGGUUAUGAUGUUUUUUUUAUUUUAUUGGUUACAGGAACUGUUGGCAGGAGUCUUAACAAUUUCAGAAAAAAAAAAGCGUUUCAUUUUCAUGUGGCUGCUUUCGAGCAAUAGUGCAGAACUGCACUAAAUGUCAAUAUUUUCUAUUAAGAUUGUCUGCUAUUUAUGUCACCACUGAUCACACUGUUGUCUUAACGAACUGCAUUUAAUGCACCACUGAACACUGAAAGCCACUAACAUCACGACUUCAGUUUGUGUAGCUUUUUUUUUUUUUUUUUUUUUGGAGAAUUAUAGUAUUAACUCCUGAGAUGCACUUUAAGAGCAAAAGCCUUUUGUUGUAAAUGAUGCUUGUUCGGGAGGAGAUGUAGAGUCCUGGUUUUGUAAGAUAAAUUGAGGAUUUUUCAAAACUCGA